GCUCUUUCUACCGUUGGAAGAUGCCUUGCCGUCAGACGAAUGGUCCACCUAGUUCAGUGUUGCCUGCACGGGCUGGCAUCAGCAGAAGCUGCAGCCGCUCCCCAGAGUUUCAGGCGGAGAAUAAUAUAUUGGUGAGACCGAGGACCAGACUUGGGAUCCUUCUGCAUGCAAAGCAGAAUUUCCACCCUUCUCAAUUUUCAAAAGAAAGCAGCAAGGAUGGGCGGGCAAGACUGGAUAUACGUUUCAGGACCACGGACAGCUCCAAAACCAACAAGUUGCUCUGGCAGAGGACAGCGUGGCUGAGGUCCCUUGAGCAGGAUGUCUGCCGAAGCUCCUUCAGGCAUAGUAGACCUUGGGAAGAGGACCCUCAAGAAACCGUGCUCCUUCACCAUCGAGAACAUCCUCUCCGGCUCGGCCGAGCGAAGACCCCCUGUCCUCCUCCCAUUCUGCUUCCGAGGGAUCUUGGACUGUGAGCCCAAGGGGCUGCGUUCCCUGGGGGGCAUGGCUGCUGGCCCCCUGCAGCAGGAGGAGGACGAGGUGGAAGAGACAGAGGUGGAUGCUGCGCCUUGCGGCUGCUGCUGCUGUGUUCACAGCGGUCCCUACUCCUGGCAGGAGGCUGCAAACUGGCUCACAGACGCAAGGUUUCCCUGGCCCAUGCGGGUUUUCCAUCCCGUCGGCAGGCCGUGCAAGAACCCUCGCGGGAGCCAGAGCGAGCUGCAAGCUUUCCACCAGAUUCAGCGCCGGACCCGCCGCCACCGCACCAUCUUCACGGACGACCAGCUGCAGGCCCUGGAAGCCCUCUUCCACCAGAACCAGUACCCAGAUGUCAUUACCAGAGAGCACCUGGCUAACCGGAUUCACCUGAAGGAAGAGAGAGUGGAGGUUUGGUUUAAGAAUCGGCGAGCCAAGUGGCGGCAUCAAAAGAGAGCUUCGGCUUCGGCGCUCGUCCUUCAAGGUGCCAAGAAGUCUUCUGAGGGAAACUGCUGAGGACUGGGAGGGAAGGCUGGAUUUGACAAGUGCUGAAGGUCCCAUUGGCUUCUGAGCAUCUCGGCGGGAGAAAGUGAGGAGAAACGGAACGGCGAUGCGAAAUGGAGAGGAAUCCUCACAGUUUAUUAAGAGGAGAAAGAAGAGAUGGUAUAUUUUCAAGGGGGGCCGGAAUAUAAUGUGCUCAACACACUGUAACAAAACAUUAAUAAAAUAAAUGAUCCCCAA